GCAGCCUCCCGGAGGGCGGCGGGAGGGAAGCCCGGGCUCCAGCUGCGCUUCUGCCAAUCAGAGGAAGAGGAGGAGGAGGAGGAGGAAGAGAAAGAGAAAGAAGAAGAAGGAGAAGAAGAAGAAGAAGGAGAAGAGCUGCCGCUCGCCUUGCGCCGGGAGCCCUGAGUGGCCAAGCCAAGCCAAGCCAAGCCAAGGGAGGCGAGGCGGGGACGGGGCUGGGGUCUGAGGGCUCCCCCUCUCCUCCUCCUCCUGGUGGGGCAAGGGAGCCAGAGGGCGGUGCCGGCUGCCCUCCAAUGUGGCCGGAGCCCCCGCCGGGAACUUUAAGGCUGGCCAAGGAUCGCGGAGAAGAAGAAGACGUCUUUUCCUCCUCCUCCUCCUCCUCCUCCAUCUCCUCCUGCUUUCCUUCUUCUUCCCAUCAUUGUUGCUGCCAUGGGUCCUCGGCCGGCCGGCCUCGCCUCCCUCCUGCUGCCCGCCGCCUGGUGCUACUGCUGCUGCUGCUGCUGCUCCUGGGCUCUCCUCCUGGGCCCCCAGGGAUCCCCAGACCAUGUUUUAGGAGAUCUAGAAGAAUACAGGCUUGUGGUCCCAACUAGCACUGACUCAAAGGGCAGGUUUCUCUCCAAUGUGGUGUCAGGUGCUCCAAAGCAACGCUUCCGAAGAGAUGUCACUGGGGAUCUUCUCCACCAGGCUGCUGGAAGUGAGCAAAUUUUCUACAAUGUCACAGUAUUCGGACGAGAAUUUCACUUUCGGCUGAAGCCCAACCACAGGCUGGUAGCUCCUGGAGCCACAGUGGAGUGGCAGGAGGAGGAUUCGAACCUGACUUCUGUGGAACCGCUCCGUGGGGAUUGCCUCUAUGUUGGGGAUAUCACCGACUUGCCUAACGCCUCUGUUGCCAUAAGUAACUGUGAUGGGCUGGCUGGCAUGAUUCGCACCGACAAGGACGAGUAUUUCAUUGAACCUCUGCAGAAGGGGAAGCAUGAGGAGGAGGAAGGUAGGACACAUGUGGUAUACCGCAGGGCAGCUGCCAAGAAAACACUUCCCAGUGAGCACCCAGAUAUCCAGCAUAGAGAGACUGAUCUAAGCAAUCUAGACAGCAUGGUGAAUGUACUGAAAGAUGAAAUCGAUACCUCACGAAGGAGAAGGAGAUAUCCAAGGCAUGCAGCUGAUGAUGAUUACAACAUUGAAGUGCUUUUAGGCGUUGACGACUCAGUUGUACAAUUCCAUGGGAAAGAACACGUUCAGAAAUAUCUUCUGACACUCAUGAAUAUUGUUAAUGAAAUCUAUCAUGAUGAGUCCUUGGGUGCCCAUAUUAAUGUUGUGUUGGUCAGAAUCAUCAUGCUGAGCUACGGAAAAUCCAUGAGUUUGAUUGAGAUCGGUAACCCUUCCCAGAGUUUAGAGAACGUGUGUCGCUGGGCCUACCUGCAACAGAAGCCUGACACUGGACAUGCAGAGUAUCACGAUCAUGCCAUUUUUCUCACAAGGCAGGAUUUUGGCCCAUCUGGUAUGCAAGGCUAUGCUCCUGUUACUGGCAUGUGUCAUCCAGUCCGAAGUUGCACACUUAAUCAUGAAGAUGGCUUCUCCUCAGCAUUCGUUGUAGCCCAUGAAACUGGACAUGUAUUAGGCAUGGAACACGAUGGCCAAGGAAACAGGUGUGGGGAUGAAGUCCGGAUGGGAAGCAUCAUGGCCCCCCUUGUCCAGGCUGCAUUCCAUCGCUUCCACUGGUCUCGAUGUAGCCAACAGGAACUGAAUCGCUAUCUGCAUUCCUACGAUUGUUUGCGUGAUGAUCCCUUUGACCACGACUGGCCUUCCCUUCCUCAGCUGCCAGGAAUUCACUACUCCAUGAACGAGCAGUGCCGCUUUGAUUUUGGUUUGGGCUACAUGAUGUGCACAGCUUUCCGUACCUUUGACCCCUGCAAACAGCUAUGGUGCAGCCAUCCCGAUAACCCUUAUUUCUGCAAAACAAAGAAAGGACCUCCAUUGGAUGGAACCAUGUGUGCUCCAGGAAAGCAUUGUUUUAAAGGUCACUGUAUCUGGUUAACUCCAGAUAUCUUGAAGCAAGAUGGAAACUGGGGAGCAUGGAGUAAAUUUGGAUCCUGUUCACGGACCUGUGGAACAGGAGUGAAAUAUAGGACCCGGCAGUGUGAUAAUCCACACCCAGCUAAUGGAGGCCGCACAUGCUUUGGCCCAAGCUAUGAAUUCCAGCUCUGCAGCACACAAGAUUGUCCUAAAGACUAUGAAGAUUUCAGAGAGGAGCAGUGCAGGCAGUGGGAUCCUUAUUUUGAAUAUCAGAACACAAAACACCACUGGCUUCCAUAUGAGCAUAUUGAUGUUAAAGAGAGAUGCCACCUGUACUGUGAGUCCAAGGAAACUAGCGACGUUGUGUAUAUGAAGCGGCUUGUACAUGACGGAACCCGGUGUUCGUAUAAAGAUUCUCAUAGUAUCUGUGUGCGAGGGGAGUGCUUGAAAGUUGGUUGUGAUAAGGUAAUAGGAUCCACAAAGCAAGAAGACAAGUGUGGUGUGUGUGGUGGAGACAACACCCACUGCAAGGUGAUAAAAGGAACAUUCUCCAGAGCACCAAAGAAGCAAGGUUACAUUAAGAUGUUUGAAAUCCCAGCUGGUGCAAGACACUUGCUUAUACAGGAGUCCGAUGCCACUGUUCAUAACCUUGCUAUCAAAAACAGAGAAACAGGAAAAUUUAUUUUAAAUGAAGACAACUAUGUGCCAGACUCCAAAGUGUUUGUCAACAUGGGUGUGGAGUGGGAGUAUCGGAAUGAUGAUGAUAGAGAAAUGGUGCAAACUAUGGGCCCUUUACGUAACGGAAUCAUCGUUCUGGCAAUUCCUCAUGGUAAUGUCAAGAUUUCACUGACUUACAAGUACAUGAUCCAUGAAGAUUCCUUAAAUGUUGAUAACAACAAUGUUUUGGAAGACUCUGUAACAUAUGAGUGGGCCUUGAAAAAAUGGUCUCAGUGUUCAAAACCUUGUGGAGGAGGUUAUCAGUUUACAAAAUAUGGUUGCCGAAGGAAGACGGACCACAAGAUGGUUCAUCGCAGUUACUGUGACUCCAUCCAGAAACUGAAGCCCAUUCGCAGGGUGUGCAAUCUCCAGGAAUGUUCCCAGCCAAUAUGGGUUACAGGUGACUGGGAACCAUGCAGCAAAAGUUGUGGCAAAACAGGAUAUCAGGUGCGUUCUGUCCGGUGCAUCCAACCUUUGAAUGACAACACAAACCGCUCUGUUCACACCAAAUAUUGCAGCAGCGAUCGUCCAGAAGGCAGGAGGGCUUGUAACCGGGAGCUUUGCCCUGCCCAGUGGCGGAUAGGACCCUGGUCACAGUGUUCCGUAACCUGUGGUAAUGGUACACAGGACAGGCAAGUACUAUGCAGGACAAGAGAAAAUGUCAUUGGCUUUUGUAAAGAAGAAAAGCCAGAGACAACAAGAUUGUGCAGACUGCCUUUAUGUUCUAAAAACUCAUCAGAUACCUCAAAGAAAACUUACAUGAUACAGUGGCUUUCACGACCAGACCCAGAUUAUCCUAUCCAGAAAAUAUCUUCAAAAGAACAUUGCCAAGGAGACAAGUCAAUGUUUUGUCGUAUGGAAGUUCUCUAUCGGUACUGUACAAUUCCUGGUUACAAUAAACUGUGCUGCAGGUCAUGUAAGUUGUACAAUAACAAAACAGGAAGUGGGAACUCUACAGAAUCCAACCAUAGUAAAGUGAAUGAUAUUGAAGAGGACAUCACUCCCACACUUAGAACACCUGUUGAUGUUCACAUCUCACACACUACUUCAGGUCCACCAGUUGUUCCUAAGGUGAAUGCCACCAGUUCCAAUGUAACAGUAGAUCAGCCAGAAGGUAACGCGGUGGACGUUCCAUAUAAAAUUCAUGGGCUGGAAAAUGAAGUUCCACACCACAACAUCAUCUUGAGGAGGAAACCACCUUAUGAAAGGACAAAGAACCAAAGAAUUCAGGAGCUGAUUGCUGAGAAAAGGAAAAAAGAGAUGCUCAGGAAAUUAUAUUAAAAUGGAAAUAUAACCCACAUUUUUUCUCUCUUAUAGAGAUGUUACCAAUACUGCAGUAAUUCCUGUGUUACCAUAGAGACUAAAGAUAAAUAGUGGUGCUAUGGCAGAAAUGCCAAAUGCUAUUGCCUUCAAUAAAUGGAAAUUUAGGAUUAUUUAAUUAAGUUUAAUAUAAAUAUUGUAAUAAUGGCUAGGAUUACAGGUUGCUGCAGAAACUAGUGCAAUACCCUUAUAGAUUUCACUGCUCCUAUCUAGCCAAGGUCAGCAGGGCUCUUACUUUUUGUGGUCUCUCUUGUUCCCUUAGUGUGUUUGCUCAAGUCCAAUGGGAUGUUAUUGGGACACCCUCAACAUAUUUGACAAGAGGUUCUAAUAGCUUGAUCCAAAAGCCUCAGUAAUGUUCAGAGGCCUGUAGUAUAGCCAGGGGAACUUCAGCUUCAUGGAAGGAGAUUUUGUUUCUUUAAACACUCAAGUCCUGCGUAGGCUUAUUUGGGUAAUAAGUCUAAAUGACUUCUUGAGUGGAAUAUUUUUCAAAGUCACUGCGCCAGAAUCCAGUGUUCCAAUUGCACCUAGUUUUUCCAUUGAAUUCAACGGUGCUGCACCCAUACUCAGGAAGCAACAAAGAGUACCACUGCAAGAUCAAAGUGAUAAUUAAGACCCUGUUUCAGGAAUAAAGCAUGUGUUUUCUGUUAACCACUGAAAAACAAAGUAGGUAAGAGGUGAUGCUGCUUACUGUACAAAAUCCAGCUGGGAAGGGACUAUUCUGCUAGUGGUGUAAGAGAGGGGAACUCCUUAUGCUGCUAAAUAUAACUCACAUCAAGUAGCUUUUACAUUUUCAGUUUUGUAGAACAAAAAGUUUACACAUUACUGGGGGAGGUUCCUCCUGUUAUAGGCAUCAUUGUACCUGCUUUCUUUUUCUCAUAUGCUAGAGACCUACACAGCCUUAACAUUCAUGAAUAUAUUAAACCCAUCAGUGUCACACAAAUGAGCUACAUAAUAAACAUUAGCACCUAAUUUUGAAACAGAAGCUUCUGUGGAGAAAAAGGUUUAACCAUUAAAUAUAUGUGUGUCCAUUCCUAUAAAUCAGGAAAUAUUCUUCUUCUUUAAAAAAAUAUUUGAAAUUAAAUGUAAUAUGCUUAUUAGAUGCGCUGCCCAAAUGAUCUUCAAUCUUAUUGUUUCCAGAUAUCUGCAUUUCCUCGUCUUAAAUGCUUCCAGUGCAAUUAUUACAGUGUUUCAAUAAUGCAGAUCAUUUACUUUUAUUUUUACAUACAUUCCGAUUCAUUUACCUGACUGGAUUUCUUGUUUUCUUUCAAUGGAUGCUUUUCUGUGAAGAAAAUGUAUGGGCUUUUUUGUUUGUUUGUUUGCUUAUUACAUUUUCAACAGUACAAAGUUUUGUUACUGUGGCAGUGAACAACUUGUAUUAUUAACAGUUAAUUAGGACAGUUGUACUGAGCAGCAGCAAACACAUGUCAUUAUGCAUAUAUAUGUAUACAAAGUACUGAAUCUGCUUAGAUCUUAGAAUGUAUAAUUUGACGGCCCUUUGAGUACUGGUUUCACUUCCUACAGCACUUUUGGAAAGCCUACAUGAAUGCAGGAAGCGUCACAGUUUAUUGCUGUUCACUUUGUUCAAAGACAAAUGUAGAGCUAGUACCUGAACAUGUUUGUUCACUAAUCAGUCCCAUUAACUGGACAUAGUACUUAUUAAGCACAGCUUCAGGUUGGUUAUGUAAAGGUUACUUAAAUAGGCUGUUUGGAUUAAUAUUCAAAACAAACCAUCUUUUAAAAGAAAACAAUUAAAACUUCUUCAUCUGUUACAAACAAUAAUGGAUCAGAUUCAUAAAUAUUGCUGCUAUUUUAACCAAAUAUCUGGCUGGGAGAAAUCAUUGACCACAGGUGUAGAUUUUGGAUACGAGUGCUAACAGAGCAGGCUCUCUGUGGACCGAAAAACCUACUAAUGUCUGAGUGCUUUGGUUUGCAUUGUUGUGAGGAGUUGGGGGGGGGGGGGGGAGAUGCUGCCAAGUCAUGAUCAUUAAAUUUCCACCAGUAUUACUGCCAUUUCUUUAUCUCAUGACUUGUCUAAGGUACAAAUCCUCUCUGAGCCUACAAUGUUCCUGAUGGUGUGCUUCCUUGCAAAAGCUCAUUGAAGAGGAGUUCCAUAUUUUUGUAUUAUUUUUUAUUAAAUUGUAAUACACACACACAUCUAACGGACAUAUAACACUUAAACACAUGGACAUAUACACUUACAAAUUUAUACAUCAGACCCUACCACCCACUCACCCAUCCCUUUAUAAAACUGAGGUCCAUUCCCUCAAACUACACAUUUUACCACACCGAACCCCUUCCCCAUUUUUAAAAUUAAAAUACUGACUUCCCACUUUUCUCAGAGUGUAUCUUUGCAAACUGCUCAUUAAUACCCCUCCUAAAAUUUUCUUAUCAUUGUUUUAAAUACUUCAAUGUUAUACAUUCUUACCUUCAUUGCUGAACAAUACUAUCUAUAUCUAAUAUAAAAUACAUAUAUAAAAUACAUGCCUCACCUGCUAAUUCUCAAAUCC